UCUGCCAUGGCGCGUCUGGAAUUGGUUUUUUACCUGCUCAUACCCACGUUCAUUUUUGUGCACCUUUUCGUUUCCCCGUACACAAAGGUUGAAGAGUCGUUCAACAUCCAGGCCACGCACGACAUCAUCGUUCAUGGCGUGCCCUUCGAAAAUGCAGAUCAGUUCUUCACGGCCAACUACGACCAUGUUGCCUUCCCUGGGAGCGUGCCGAGGACUUUUAUGGGCGCCUUGCUCUUGAGCGGCCUGUCGAGGCCGUUUGUCGGGUUCAUGGCUUCGUAUGAUCAGGUGCAAUUGCUUGUCAGAGGUGUUCUAGGUGGAUUGAACAGCCUGGCGUUGAUCGCUUUCAGCAGAAGCGUGCAGAAGAGCUUCGGUACGAGCGCUGGGAUUUGGUAUGCCUUGUUCCAAGCCAGCCAGUUCCACGUCAUUUACUAUGCGUCGCGCACGCUUCCAAACAUGUUCGCGUUUUUUUUGAGCACCAUGGCAUUUCGAAGCCUACUCAAUGCGCAUGCCGCUCCGUGGAACAGCAUCGUCGCGCCAAAAGGCUACCGAUUAACUCUCUAUCUUCUCACUUUUGCCGGUGUAGUUCUCCGAUCGGAACUGGCUAUUCUGGUCGGGACGUUGACCGUCUACCUGUUUGUCACCAGAAGAAUAUCCAUUUUAAAGAUCAUCCUUCCAGCAGGCCUGGCCGGCGCAAUCAUUGGUCUUCUAUGCACUGUUACCAUCGACUCCUACUUUUGGCAAUCAGUUCCCUUAUGGCCUGAAUGGAUCGCAUUCUACUAUAACACCAUCCUCGGCCAUUCAGCAGACUGGGGUGUGUCCCCAUGGCACCAUUACUUCGCCAAUGCUAUUCCGCGGUUGUUGCUGAACCCCAUUACUUACCUCCUCUGUAUUCCUAUGGCAUUGCUCAAUGCGGCAACCCGCCAACGAAGUCUAGACCUCCUGAUACCCAUCUUAUCAUUUGUUGGCCUGUACAGUCUACUCCCCCACAAAGAAUGGCGAUUCAUCAUCUACGUUAUUCCCGGUCUUACCGCUACGGCCGCCGCAGGAGCAUCCUGGAUCUGGACCCGGCGCGCCAAAUCCAUCAUUUACGCCUUCCUCAGUCUAGCACUAGUAGCAUCUAUCGUUUUCUCCUUCACGGCGUCAACAGCAUUACUCGCCAUCUCGAGUCUGAAUUACCCGGGUGCUGAAGGCCUGGAAUACCUCCACACCCAUUACCACCCUACCACCAACGAUACACGAAUCCAUGUCUACCUCGACAACCUCGCCUGCCAAACGGGCGUGACGCGCUUCCUUGAAAACCAUCACGGCGCGGAAACUGUCGUCGACGUACUCGAGGCGCAGCAAACGCUCGCUAAGCGCACGUGGACGUACGACAAGACUGAAGACCCGAAAGUGCUGCUCGAUCCUAUCUUCUGGAGGCAGUUCGACUUUGUGCUGGCGGAAGGGCCUGAGAGGAUCAUCGGCGCGUGGGAGAUUGGGCACGUGGUGUAUGGGUUUGGUGGGGUGAGUAUAUUGGAGCCUGGGGAGGAGAGCGAGACACGUUUGAAAACUGCAGCCGAUGCUUUCAAGUGGCCGAAUAGAGUGGCUGCGAUUUGGAAACGCGUGGAAGGGUUCGCAAGGGAGAGGGUUAUGCGGGGGUGGUGGGUUGAGCUGCGCUUGGAUCCUAAGAUCUAUGUGUUGGUCAGGGAGGGCAUGUCUAUUGAAUCCUCGUGA